AUGACGAUGCACGUGGUAGCCGAUAUCCACAUCUCGACAUCCGCCUCCUCGGCCCCUCUUCCUCCAUCCGCACUUCCCCUCGACAAUGCUACGCACUUGACGCCUUCCACCCAACUCCGUGUCCCCGUGCACGCAGACGGGCAUGCUUUGAACAACCUCGCAGACUCGAUCGACUCGACACGCGCACAUCUCAACACAAUCCUCACUACCUGGAAGGACUGGGCCGGAAAGGAAGCCGCCCCCGCAGGAACUUUGCAGCUCAAGCAAAACGUUGACGGCGAGCAAGACCAAGAUGAAGACCAAGAUGAAGACCAAGAAGACGAAGAGUGA